CCCAGGCACAGACGACCUCUUUGCGAGACACAUCACCAUGAAGAGACAAGUUCUGUCUGCCGAUGCCCCUAACCCCUACCUCGUCUACGCCUACGCCCUUACGAAGUACCCCCACCGGUCGGAGACCAUUGACCGCCGUUUCUUGAGGCAGCGUACGGAGGCCAUCUGUGCGAAGAUGAAGGAGGCGGAGAAGAAGCGGGAGAAUCCGUUUGACGCCGUGCGUCGCCAGGUCGAGGCUGUGGGGGGGAAGCCUAUGCCCGACUCCAACCCCUACGUCGUCUACGCCGACAUGCUCACAAAGUUUCCAGACCACGCGGAUGAGAUCACGGAUGAGUUCAUGCGGCAGCGCACGGAGAUCAUCCUCCGCAAGAUCCAGGCGGCGAACGCACGACAGCCGAGUCCGUUCGAUGAGGUGCGCCGAAUGGUCAUCCCGGAGAAUGAACAGGCGCUAGCGCAGUGGGACGCGACGAUUCACCGGCUCAGCAACGGCCUACUACCGUCACCCGCGCCGCCACCAUCAGCCUCAGCUCCGUCAACCCCUUCAGCUUUGCCCGAGCCGCCGCCACCAAAGCCGACAGAGCCCGCCCAGCCGCGACGACCUGCUAAACCAGGCCUUCUUCUCACUGCACAGCUCGGCAAGCGAUCCCGCGAGCUCGACGCGGGGUCGUGUCCCCGCGAGCAGCGCCCUGCCACAUGGCCCUAG